AUGAAUAUAUCAAAAUUUGAAAGGAAAAGACAAGAAAAUAUACAAAGAAAUAAAGAUCUAUUAGCAAAAUUAAAUUUAGAUUCUAUUUCAUCUUCAAUCAAAAAUGAAAUUAAAAAAAGUGCAACUCCUCCACCACUGAAAAGAUCAAAACCUCAAAAAAGAGUAUUUACAAAUAAAGAAGAAUCAAUUGAACCAACAAGAAGAAGUAAAAGAAUAGCUGGUAUAAAAUCAGAAACUGAAAAUCCUGAAGAAUAUAAAAAAUUAAGAAAAGAAGAAGAAGAAAAGGAAAAAUUAAAAAGAGAAGUAGAAAGAUUGAAACGUUCAAAAUUACCUGGAGAUUAUGCUUUACGUGAUUUAUUAACUGAUUCAAAAGGUAAUAUGAUAUUUGAAGAUAAGAUAAUUAAAAAUGAGGAUAGUAAGAAAAAGACUGUGAUUAAAAAGGAAGAAGAAGAAGAAGAGGAAGGUGAUGAUGAUGAAGAUUUGGAUGUUAUUUUAAAUGAUGAUGAUACAAUUUUAAACGUGUUGCAAAGUUUAGGUCAUAAAUAUGAUAAACUUUCACCUAGUGAUAUUUAUGAAGAAAUAAAAGUAUUAAAAAGUGAUAGUGAUAUAGAAUCAAAAAGAAAAGAAUUUGCAAAAUUAAAAGUUUAUCACAAAUUUGAUCCAUUAGAUAUUAAAAUAUGUCAUAAUAGAAUUACUUCAAUUUAUUUUCAUCCAGCUACUAAAGAUAGAAUUAUUGCUGCUGGUGAUACAUCUGGUAAUGUUGGUUUAUGGGCCGUUGAUGCAUCUAAUGAAAAUGAACCUGCAAUAACUAUAUUACACGGUCAUGGUAGAAAUGUAUCAAAAAUAUUAACUCCAGAUUCUGACUAUCAAAAAAUUUAUACUUCAGCUUUUGAUGGUACUAUUAGAAGUUUAGAUUUGAAUAAAAUGAGUUCAAAUCAUUUACUUUACAUGAAAGAUCCUUAUGAAAAAGGAGAUAUUGAAAUUCCAAUUACAGAUUUCAAUAUCCCAAGAGGUAAUCCGAAUCAACUUUAUAUAACUAAUAUGGAUGGACAAUUUAUCACACAUGAUGUUAGAGAACCAUGGAAAAUUAUUAAAAAAAAUUUAUUAAGAUUACAUGAUAAGAAAAUUGGAGGAUUUUCAAUUAAUCCAAAUAAUCUGAAUCAAAUAGCAACAAGUUCAUUAGAUAGAUCAUUAAGAAUUUGGGAUUUAAGAAAUAUUGGAAAAUCAAUAUAUUCUGAUUUGCAUGAACAUCAAAAUUCACCUCAUUUAUAUGGUAAUUUUACCUCAAGAUUAUCUAUAUCUACAGUUGAUUGGAAUAUUAAUGAUAGAUUAUUAUGUAAUGGUUAUGAUGAUACAAUUCGAAUUUUUGAUAUGAACGGUAUAAGUGAAUGGGAAAUGGAUUAUGUAAUUCCUUCAAAACAUCAAGUUGAAGAAGGUGAAUUACCAGAUAAUAUAAAUAGUACAAUUAAAAUAAAUCAUAAUUGUCAAACUGGUAGAUGGGUUUCAAUUCUAAAAUCAAAAUGGCAAUAUUCACCAAAAGAUCAAUAUUCAAAAUUUAUAAUUGGUAAUAUGAAAAGAGGUUUAGAUAUUUAUAAUCAAGAUGGUAUACAACUAGGUCAUUUAAAUGAAUUAUGUGGAGCUGUACCUGCUGUGUGUACUUUACAUCCUACUGAAAAUUGGGCUGUUGGUGGAAGUGCAAGCGGUAAAUUAUAUUUUUAUGAGUAG